AUGAUUCCAAUGGGGGGGGCGUGAUCUGACAAACGUGGGCAUGCUGGAUUUUAAAAGCCGUUCUGCCUUAUAAAUCCUCACAACAUCACUGUUAUCUGCAGACGCUCGUUUGGUCCAGAACAGCGAGGACGAGAAAUUAUUCGAAAACCAGCUGAGUGAAAGAUGCUUUCCAAAAUGACAAUCGAGAAGAUCAGAACAGCGGUACUGACAGAGAAAAGUGGAAAGUGUGUGUGCGUUGAGAGAAAGCGCAAGCCCUCUUCAUCCUAUCAGCUGGUCUUGCAUAACCAUCAGGGAGACAGCCCUAAAGUCACGGUGUAUGAUAUUUCACGUGAUGAUACAGAAAGAAAAGAUACAAAAAUAAAUUACAUGGCGUUUUGUUUUGAGGAUGGCGAUAAAAAUACAUUUUUUCCUGUUGCUGAUGGUACAAAGAACAAACUUGAGGUGGUCAAGAACUCAGAAAGUUCAAUAACUGAGUUCAUGAAAGAUACCUUUAAAGAAAAAUACUUAUUUCAAUGGGGUAAGAGUGGAACUAAUGACUGGCAGAGCUUGAAAUCAGUGGCUGAACCCAACAUGUUCCUGUGUGUUGAAAAAGGAAGAGGAAAAGAAAAAGUGACCAUUAAUUCAGUCGAGGAGCCAAGUUUUCAAAUCAAAACAGUAGAAACCCUUUUCCCGAGAACUCAAAACUCUUCUGGGUCAGACGAGACUCAAAACUUAACUCCACAAAAUCUACGUGCCACUUCAAAAGAUUUACAGGUGUCUGAGAUUCCAUGCAAACUCAAGUAUGCGAGAAUUCAAUGCAACUGGUCUCCUGAGUCAGCCAAGACUCGAACCAGAUAUUCAACACUAAUAAAUCAACGUGCUGCCUCAAAAGGAAAACCAAGGAAGAAUAAGAUGUCAAUGAAGAUCUGAAUCUGAGAGCAAAUGGAGUGAUUCCUUUGAGGUUCUUUGAGGCAGGGGCAUUUUGUCCAUUUCUUUGCAUGUUUGCCUUUUUAUUGUGACCUAGAAAUAUUCCUGACAUGCAGUAUAUAGGUUUAAAAUCAGUUGCAUUGUUAGUAUAAGAACGCAACAGGCUCUAUAUAGUUUGACACAUUAAGUAUUUUUAGUUAUACUUGAUCAUAAUUACAUGGCGAUACAUAUAGGAACAUAACCCUUUAAUAUCAUUUCCUGUAUUGCUUAAAUCAAAUGCAUUUCUUACUGGUAGUCAAUUACUUAAUUUCCUAAAAUAUUUGCCUAUUCAGACCUUCGACUUCUGAGCACACUACUCAUCAUUUUAUUGCGUAGGGUAACAUGAAGAUAAGGUCCACGACUGGAUCCAAUAGGGAUCAAACCAGAAAAGAUACAACUGCUCAGAAUUAAAUUACUAUCAAGAACUACAUAUCUUGUUAGAAUUACAAACUAUUCAUACUAUUGAUACUAUAAAAUAGCAUAGAAGAGUCAUUACCCAUAUAAUGCAUUUACUUCAUGCACUUAUUAGGUGCAGCUUUCCUUAUAGUGGUAAGGGAGGGACUGCUGGAUGAUCACACAUUAGACUGUAAAGUACAUGAUAGUGCAUACAGUAGUAACAGCGCGUAAUCUAUAUCAGUUUUUUCUCAACUCCAGUCCUCGGGA